GCCGGAAGGGGCAGGCGCUUACGGCGGCGCCGUCGCUGCCGUUAGGGCUGCGGCAGGGAGCCGGGCAGAGCCGCCUCACAUCACAUCGCCUCGCCUCGCCCCUUGCGGGCCCUUCCCGGCGGCUGCGCCAUGCACCCCGUUUUCCAGAGCAGCCGGCGCGACUUCACCUUCGGGCCGUGGCGGCUGAGCGCCGCCCGCACGCACAUCAUGAAGUCGGCGCAGGCCGAGAGAUUGGCUGAAGAAUUACACAUGCCUUCCCUGCCAGAGAUGAUGUUUGGAGACAAUGUCCUAAGAAUACAGCAUGAUCGUGGUUUUGGAAUUGAGUUCAAUGCAACAGAUGCUUUAAAAUGUGUCAAUAAUUGUCAAGGUAUGAUCAAAGUGGCUUGUGCAGAGGAGUGGCAAGAGAGCAGGAGUGAGACUGAGCACACUAAGGAAGUAGUCAAGCCGUAUGACUGGACUUACACAACUGACUACAAAGGAACAUUGCUGGGAGAUACUGCAACGUUAAAGGUUGUUCCUACAACAGAACACAUAAAUACAGAGAAAUUGAAAGCCAGAGAGCAAAUUAUGUUUUUUGAAGAAGUACUUCUGUUUGAAGAUGAACUUCAUGAUCAUGGAGUGUCAAGUUUGAGUGUAAAAAUAAGAGUUAUGCCUUCCAGCUUUUUUGUGCUCCUGAGGUUUUUCUUGCGAGUCGAUGGGGUGCUUAUCAGGAUGAAUGAUACAAGGCUUCAUCAUGAGGCUGACAAGGCUUACAUGUUGCGAGAGUAUACAUCCAGGGAAAGCAAAAUAUCAAGUUUAAAGCACGUACCACCUUCCCUGUUCACGGAACCUAACGAGAUCUCUCAGUAUCUACCCAUAAAGGAGACGAUCUGUGAAAAGCUAGAAUUCCCAGAGACGUUGGAGCCUAACCCAGAAGCAUCACUGGAAACCACGUGUGUUAAGUCUAAAUAAAUGUGACUUUAUAUGGACUUGAAUUCGACUGGAGAUCAUGUGAUUGUGUAGCCAUUACCAUGGGCACGGUUUCACUACUAGUGGAAUAAAGUAUUUGGCUAAUUUUUCUGUAGCCCUAAAAGAAAACAGGAUUCAUUUCAAGCAGGUUUUGCUAAUAUUUUUUGAUCUUUGUUUAUUUUAAACUUGUAUCUGGAGUUAUCUGAUAGAAUGAUGGUGAAUUACAGUCUUCAGUGGCAUUGGAGGACUCUCACAAUUCAGAGUCUAGGUUCUGUUCACUUCACCACUUAGGCAGGAUAUUGCCUGGACUCUCCAACACAAACACUUCUGUGAAGAUUCUGUUAUUUGCUCCCUCAGAUACCAAAAGACUACUAGAGACGUAAAAUUGGCUUAAUUUUAUUUUUAUUGAAAAAUUGUCUACAGUAAAAAUAAAUAAAAUUCCUCUGCAUAUGUUAUGAGCUUUCAGUCCUGAACUAUGCUUUUUGCUUGGUUUCCUCUACUGUGAGCUGAUAACCAAUCAAGUUAUUUCUUAGAAUCUUUGAUCCAGAUUUGUAACUUAAGAAUAUUCAUUUCAUCUGAGAAUAGUUGUAAGGAGAAGUGAAAAGUUGUAUUUGUUUGACACUUUAUAAAGGUAAAAUUACCUUACUUGUAAGACAUUCUCUUCAGAGCAGGAGACAAGCUGGAGAUUAACAGACACACAUACUGGUAAGUCUCUUAACAAAUACUAGCAUAGUUUGACGUCAACCAGAUUUCUCUAGGCAGUUCUGGAGACUAUUACUUGGGUUCUCUGUGCUGCUACAGUCAUGCUGUAUUGGAAAUGCAUUGUACUGUAUUUACCUUCUGUUGGACAUACCAGAUGGUGCCCAUGUAUGAUGGUUAUACUGUUCUGAUAUUCAGUUUGCUAAAUUAGUGUGGCUCAUGGCUGAGGAAAAGAGGGCUUUUUAAUCUUCAAUCCCUAACGGAUGCUGGUAUUACAAAUUGAGAAAUGGGAGCUUUAAUGGCCUUAAAAGGAUACUAGAAUAUAUUUCAGAUAUGUAAUUUUGGUUUAUUUUUAAAAUUCUUUAAAUUGUAAUAUCAAUAGAAGUGUGAUCGCAUAUACAGUUAUGGUUUUAAAUCAGUAAUUUGUGGAUUAAACUUUAAAUUAUUCUGUUGCUUUUGGAAAUCCUAAAUUACGUGAAUGAUUUGGUCUAAGAUUGGGGGAGCUAGACGUGUAGGUUUGCUUCUUGCACUCAAUGAAGUGCAAGAAGCAAAGCAGUAGUGAAAAGCGGGCCUUGUGCUUUAAGGCAAUGGCAGAUAAGAAUGCUCCAGGACACCAGAACAUGUACAUUUUGGUUAAAAAUCUUCAGAUUCUACACUGCAUGUCUUUAAAUACCAAGUUUUGGGGUGGCUUGUUUCUAUUAACUAGGUCUUCUGAAAAAUGGUUCUCAUUUAAAGAAACUGUUGUUUUUAUACAAUUGUACUACUAUUUAACUGACUGCGUUCUUAAUAAAACAACCCACCUUGUUUCACUUCU